AUGAAACAAUUUCCCAGUGAACAAGAUAAAACAUUUCUUAAAAUGGUUUUGGAAUUUGAAGUCAAUCCCACCGACACAUUUGACAUUAAGGAACAAGAUGAUAAAACUUUAAAUUCAUCUUUAAAAAUCUUCAAAAUGCAACUUCGUGCCUUAAAAAUCGCAAUAGAUCAAUUCGAUCCUUCAUCAGAUGCAUUUUAUAGAUCAAUAUUUAUAUGGUUUGAAGAUUUUUUGAAAGAAGAAUACAAAAAUACUCAAGAAAUGAGUAUUUCUACACAUCUUGUUACACAUUUUCUUUCAAGCUUUAUUAAUAUUCUUGUUUUGACCCUUCCAGACAUAAUUAUUCUGCAAACAAUCCUCAAUGUUGUUGAGCCAUUGAUAAAGAAAUAUCCAAACUCAACAUUUGUUCACAAAUUCGAAAAAAUUUCAGUAAUUUGUCAUAUCCUUCUCUUCCAAAAUUCUUCAAUUUUUAUAAUUGAUUCAAGAAACGAGUUAAUUGACCUUCCCGAGCAAGCAUCGAGUUGCCUUUACAAAUACUUCCUGAACAAUCCCUCUUGUUCGUUAAAUUUAGUUCAAGCAAUUGUUUUUCCGAAUUUUAAUACGAGUGACUAUGAAAACAUCGAACAAAUCUCAUCAGAAAUUAUAUUCCAACCUUCGCUUUACGCUCUUUUACUAGAAAAUUCUCAAAAUAUCAAUGAUAUUUUGUUUGUCAAAAUUUUUUCAAUAAUUCGUCAAAUUAUUCACAACAUAUUGAAUUCUCAAGACAUAGAUUUGGAAACCAUAGUGUUUCUAUCGAAAUUUCUUUCAUCAGGAGACGUUUUUCGAGGUUGUUUUUGCCAUUAUCUUUUAUUACUUCUUUCUAUACGAAAAUUUUGGAAAUACGGAACGAAUUUCUUAUACAAACUCAGAUGCAAGACAGGAGCUUCAAUAAUUAAGCAAAUUUUGAUUUAUAAUACAACUUUAGAAUUUUAUUCACUUGUUUCAGAGAAAGGAGCAUUUAUAUCACAAGAAGUAUAUUCACUACGCGAUUACUAUGAUUCCGAAACACUUUUGGCGUUAAGAGCGUUCUCAGAAUGGAAAGAAUUAGAUUUAAGUCUCAUUUCAAGGAAAUACGAAGAUCCGGAGAUAAACCAGCGGUUGUUUACAACAAUUUGUGUCUUACUCAAGCUCAAAUCAUUGGAAUUAUUGAAUUUCGCUCAAAUAAUUUUGAAUUCAUCAGAUGAAUUUUAUCAAUCCUUGAUAGAAUUGAUAAAUCUCUCAAAGAAUACUCAAGCUCGUAUGAAUCCAAUGACAAUAUCCCUGAUUUCGGGAUGUUUUCUCUUAUUUUAUGGUAUUUUAUCGGGAAUUACUAAUGAUAAGAAGUACGAUAUCUUCAGAAACAUUUUAUUUGAGUUUUCUAUGAAUGCUAUUAACUUUGUAUUCAGCGCAAACAUUACUCCUGAUAGAUUUGCGAUACAAGACGCUUUAUUACGCCAAUUGAAUGCAGGUGUUGCCUUUAUGAACAAUGAAGGAAUGAAGUUAUCCAUAAGGUACAGCUCUGAUCCAAAUUUGGCCAUUGUUCGUGCGUAUUUAAUUCAUAAGUUGAAUUUUCAACCAUGUUCAAUCAUGGUUGGCGUUUUUUGCGACAUAAUAAAGCGUGAGAAUAUCAUUUCCUACACAAUUGCCUGCAAAUUAAUGGAAUCCAUGUGUAUAAAUGACCCUGGGAAUAUGAUAUUUAGCGCAUUUCUUGAUUAUAUGACUGAUCUUGUCCACGAACUUGAAAGCGGCGGUGAUUACGAUAUAGUUUCAAGGAUGGCUAUAAGAUUUCUCAUUGCUUUCGCAGUUGGCCUGAGAAACGUCACUUUUGAGAAAAUUAGUGAUUCAAAUUUAUUCGAAAUUGUUGUUGGAAUUUUGAAUGAAUUUGUAGAGAAAACGACAUACAACCAGAUUGAAUUUAUCACAGCAUCCAUCAUGCUACUUCUUGCUCUCUCGGAAAAGAAGAAACAGAUGCUUAUUGAUGAGAAUAUUUUUUGUUAUUAUCUAAUUCGCAUUGCAGAGAUACCAUCUUUGCUUGCUGAUCUUAUACUUGACUUCGAGAUGCUUUAUUGGAGCAUACCUGAUACAAGACCUCAUUCAUUUGACUGGAAUAGCGUAUUUUGUAGCAAAUCUUCAAAGAUUAAGGUGUUUGUUGAAACAUACAACAAAAGAUUCAAUGGAAGCAUUGACUCUGCAGCUGCAAUUGAGUAUCCAGACGAAAGAAUUAUGUCUGAUGUCUUUUGGAAGCAAGUUCCUCGUGAAUUUGUGUUAUUACAUAAUUCAAUCAUGGCUCAGAAAGUAAUGAUUAGAAGUAAUAAAUAA